AUGUUCAAAUUCACCUACCAGAGCAACUCCAGCUUGGGAUCCGCGCGCUUUUCUCCCGCUUUCCAUCACCCCGCCCCAUUCUCCCUCCUUCCAUCACCCCGCCCCAUUCUCCCGCUUUCCAUCACCCCGCCCCAUUCUCCCGCUUUCCAUCACCCCGCCCCAUUCUCCCUCUUUCCAUCACCCCGCCUCAUUCUCCCGCUUUCCAUCACCCCGCCCCAUUCUCCCGCUUUCCAUCACCCGGCCCCAUUCUCCCGCUUUCCAUCACCCCGCCCCAUUCUCACGCUUUCCAUCACCCUGCCCCAUUCUCCCGCUUUCCAUCACCCCGCCUCAUUCUCCCGCUUUCCAUCACCCCGCCCCAUUCUCCCGCUUUCCAUCACCCCGCCCCAUUCUCCCGCUUUCCAGAACCACGCCACAUCCUCCCUCCUUCCAUCAGCCCGCCCCAUUCUCCCGCUUUCCAUCAAACUGCCCCAUUCUCCCUCUUUCCAUCACCCCGCCCCAUUCUCCCUCUUUCCAUCACCCCGCCCCAUUCUCCCGCUUUCCAUCACCCCGCCCCAUUCUCCCGCUUUCCAUCACCCUGCCCCAUUCUCCCGCUUUCCAUCACCCCGCCCCAUUCUCCCGCUUUCCAUCACCCCGCCCCAUUCUCCCGCUUUCCAUCACCCCGCCCCAUUCUCCCGCUUUCCAUCACCCCGCCCCAUUCUCCCGCUUUCCAUCACCCCGCCCCAUUCUCCCGCUUUCCAUCACCCCGCCCCAUUCUCCCGCUUUCCAUCACCCCGCCCCAUUCUCCCGCUUUCUAGCACCCCGCCCCCUUCUCCCGCUUUCCAUCACCUCGCCCCAUUCUCCCGCUUUCCAGCACCCCGCCCCAUCCUCCCUCCUUCCAUCACCCCACCCCAUUCUCCCGCUUUCCAUCACCCCACCCCAUUCUUCCUCUUUCCAUCACCCCGCCCCAUUCUCCCGCUUUCCAUCACCCUGACCCAUUCUCCCGCGUUCCAUCACCCCGCCCCAUUCUCCCGCUUUCCAUCACCCCGCCCCAUUCUCCCGCUUUCCAUCACCCCGCCCCAUUCUCCCGCUUUCCAUCACCCCGCCCCAUUCUACCGCUUUCUAGCACCCCGCCCCAUUCUCCCAAUUUCCAUCACCCCGCGCCAUUCUCCCGCUUUCCAUCACCCCGCCCCAUUCUCCCAAUUUCCAUCACCCCGCCCCAUUCUCUCGCUUUCCAUCACCCCGCCCCAUUCUUCCUCUUUCUAUCAUCCCGCCUCAUUCUCACGCUUUCCAUCACCCCGCCCCAUUCUCCCUCUUUCCAUCACCCCGCCCCAUUCUUCCUCUUUCUAUCAUCCCGCCUCAUUCUCACGCUUUCCAUCACCCCGCCCCAUUCUCCCGCUUUCCAUCACCCCGCCCAUUCUCCCGCUUUCCAUCACCCCGCCCCAUUCUCCCAAUUUCCAUCACCCCGCCCCAUUCUCCCGCUUUCCAUCACCCCGCCCCAUCCUCCCGCUUUCUAGCACCCCGCCCCCUUCUCCCGCUUUCCAUCACCUCGCCCCAUUCUCCCGCUUUCCAGCACCCCGCCCCAUCCUCCCUGGGUUUAGGGUUUAG